GUUGAGCGCGGAGCGAUGGCGCGCACGAAGCAGACAGCGCGUAAGUCGACGGGCGGGAAGGCGCCCCGCAAGCAGCUGGCCACCAAGGCGGCGCGUAAGAGCGCGCCGGCCACUGGCGGCGUGAAGAAGCCGCACCGCUACCGGCCCGGCACGGUGGCGCUGCGCGAGAUCCGGCGCUACCAGAAGUCGACGGAGCUGCUGAUCCGCAAGCUGCCCUUCCAGCGCCUGGUGCGGGAGAUCGCGCAGGACUUCAAGACCGACCUGCGCUUCCAGAGCUCGGCCGUGAUGGCGCUGCAGGAGGCGAGCGAGGCGUACCUGGUGGGGCUCUUCGAGGACACCAACCUCUGCGCCAUCCACGCCAAGCGCGUCACCAUCAUGCCCAAGGACAUCCAGCUGGCCCGCCGCAUCCGCGGCGAGCGCGCCUGAGCCUCCCGCCGCAGCCCCUCCCCGGUUCCGGCAGGCACCGAGGCAGCCCACGCAGACCCAAAGGCUCUUUUAAGAGCCACUACAUCCACAGUAAAAGAGCUGUUCGCGCUUUGUGUGUGCUUUGUAUUUUCAUUUUCAGUAUAAGUACAUAACUACGUGAUGUAAUUUUCAGUUUCAAAUCCCUGUCGAAUUUUCAUUGAAAAGAGCAAAUUUAAA